AUGAACUUAGCAGCUCUAACAAAUCCCUCACAGUUACCACAAAACACUAGCAACUCCAAUAAAGAGGUGCUAUUCUCUGCACCAUCUGACGACAGCGAUAAUGAGUCCCAUGUUACAAACAAUUCCUCGAGGCCAGCACGCAAAACCCCUCGUCGCACAAAUGACCACAGUGAUGCAGAGGAAGAUCACGAUAUGCUAAUGGAAGACGCGUUUGGUGGUUUUAGUGACAGCGACGUGGACUCAGAGGACUGGGACGACCGCCGUAUAGAACCGACGGCAGGAGCUGGCAACAACAGUUCUGCAAGUUCGUCGGGAGGCCCAUCAACUGCACAACGCCUUCGCAAUAAGAUUUUCUCUCGAGGCCCAGCAAGCUCUGGUACCUACGUUUCUCUUGAACAUGCUUCUUCGGAAGACCCAAUACCCAUGCAGGACUUGCCUUCUUCGUCUUCGGCACCUUCUUCUUUAUCAGCUGUUAACACAGCGACAGACGCAACCUCCUCCUCCUCCUCUUCUUCUUCUUCCUCUAUCACUACUCAAGACCACAUUUCAUCUUCUCAUAGUUCACAUCUUUUGUUACCAUCACCUUCACCAUCUUCCACAUCGCAACCCAUUCCUGCUUCUGCUGCGCAGAACAGAGGGGAUAUGGGUGGCAAUGGUGGAUUUUUUAACCGCGGUUUAUUUUCCUGGCGCCGUAACACUUCCCAAGCUACACGCAGUCUUUCUUUCAAUAACCAAAAUGAUGGUGUUUUCAACAACAUUACAGCUAAGCCUGAAACUGAAAAGCCUGAGGAUAGUGAUGUACCCCCCACAUACGAAGAGGCUGCCGCAGAUGCCGCUCCUCUCUACUGGGAAACUACUAUUAUGGCACCUGGAUACUCGGACGAAAUUUUUAUUGAUGGCCUUCCAGUCGGUUCUCCCAUCAACUUUAUCUGGAACAUGAUGGUCUCGGCCGCGUUUCAGUUUGUUGGCUUUUUGCUUACAUACCUACUCCACACUUCUCACGCCGCCAAGCACGGCUCCCGGGCUGGUCUCGGCUUCACUCUCUUUCAGUAUGGAUUUUAUUUACAGCCAUCUAUUAAUGGUUCAAGUUCUUCAUCUUCGGGAGCGCCCACUGGACCUGACCGUGAAUUUGAACCUUCAGACCCAAACAAUUAUGACCUUUCAUCUAACCAUGACGACAUAAGUGGCUCCUAUCAUAAGGCUGCCAUUGCUGCAUCUUCAGUCACUACCACUAGUUCUGGAGACCCCUCUUCAUCGGCUUCUGGCUGGAUAUCUAUUAUUCUCAUGGUCCUUGGUUUUUGUAUCGUCGCAAAGUCCAUCUUUGACUAUGUUCGUGUGCGUCGCAUGGAAAUGAUGAUUGUUCAAUCACCUUCAAGUGUUAUUGUGGACCCUGAGGAUGCUGACAAUAUGGUGUAA